CCUUCGAGAGCACGAACAGCGCGUAUAUCAACGCCAUACACCUGUUCGUGACACUUGAACCCACAGCCGGACUUCGUUUCGUUUGAAUUUUCAUCUCUUGCUCUUUUUGAGUGGCAGAUUCUUCUAUUCGACCAUCGCCAGUUCGUGGCUUAUCAGCAUCCCGCAGAGAACUACUAGACCGAUCUCUGUUGUUCACUGUUGGGAGUCACCGUGCUCUCUGCCACCAGUUUCGUUUCCAUGGCUCAGACAAUGAUGCAAGAGCUAGCUAUACGCCCCCGUCAGCAUCCAAGCCGGAUAUCGAUCGAUGCUCUUUUGAACCCUCAAGACGAAGAACGUGUCCCGCAAGAAUAUCCACGGGAACUGCAAUACUACCAGAAUCCCAUUGCACUUCAUUACUCCUCACAAUCCGUGGGGUUCUCUGAACAUAUGGGCUUCGUCGGACCCCCACGAUCAGCACACUCCUCUCCAGGUCCCUACAGACGCGAGCGGUACGACUCGGUAUCGAGUAGCGCGUCCAAUGUAUCCGAACGUCGUCGUCCUCCUCGACCGAAGUACGAGGAAGAGGAGAUGUAUUUCAUCUGGUAUCACCGCGUCGAUCUCUCUCAAGACUGGAAGGAAGUACGGGAAAGUUUCAACAGGCAAUUUCCCAACCGACAACGACGUGGCUUCCAAGGGAUCCAGUGCAAAUUUUACCGUUUCAUCAAAGAAAAGAAAUGCCCAACUUUAAGAGAGCAAAGACGCAUGCGCGAUGGAGAGUUCAUCGCUCGUAACGGUUCAGGGCUGUCGGAUUGUUCGCCCCGUUUCGGCGUCAGAGAGUGGCUCCCAGGCGUAUGGUAUCCGUGGAUGAAUACUAAAUUAUGACAUUGAUAAUCCCUAUGCCUGGAGAAAAUGUACCAGCUUUCCACGCUUGGUACUUUCUCACUUUUGAUUAUUUUCACAUGGGGAAUGUGCUACAUUCCCUACCAGCGAUAACUUCUCAUGACAGUCUACGACAGCAGUGCAGUCAUUUCAUAUUCCCCCCGACACAAUUCUAUGGCGGUGUUCUUGCGCUCUUUGCUUUGGACCUUGAUUCCUGGCGUCUUU